AUGCUCGCCGGGCUCGCCGCGCUGUUUGCCGCCGCCGCCGUGCACUUUCAGGGCGAUGCGGCUGUUUGCACCGUCGCCGGAGGCGGUCCGCAUGGCGCCGCGGUGGUUUGCCUCGACUGGAGAGGCUACUACACGAUGUGGGUGACGCUCGUGUCGCUCGUGCUGAUGGCGCGGGACGCGCCGCCCGACCUGGUCCUCAGCGGCGCCACGCUGUCGCUGCUGCUGCUGCGCGUCAUCACCGACGCGGAGGCGCUCCGCGGCUUCGCCUCGCCUUCCAUCGCGACGGUCGGCGUUCUCUUUGUCCUUGCAAAGGCGCUCGAGCAGACGGGCGCCGUCGACGCGCUCGUCGUGCCCGCCCUCGGCGCGCCUCGCUCGCACACGGCGGCCGUGCUCCGCGCCUUCCUCAACAACACGCCGAUCGUCGCGAUGCUGAUCCCCGCGUGCGAG